AUCCAGAGUGGGCUUCUUACAAACUGGGAAUAUUCAUUUGUUUGAAUUGCUCUGGGAUCCAUCGAAAUCUUCCGGAAAUCAGUAGAGUCAAAUCCCUUCGUCUUGACUACUGGGAGAAUGAUCUUAUAGAGUUUAUGAAGAACCAUGGGAAUCUCUGUGCCAAAGCUAAGUAUGAGGCCAAAGUUCCUCUCUACUACUACAUCCCCCAGUCCCACGACUGCUUGGUUUUAAGAGAUCAAUGGAUUAGAGCUAAAUAUGAGCGUGAGGAAUUUGUUGUCACCCAAGUCUGCCAAGAUCCUUGUUCUGCAGGUAGCCGUGAAGGAUUCCUCUGGAAGCUUGGGAGGGCACACAAACACUUCCAGAAGAGGCAGUUUUUCCUAUCAGCAAAGGAAGGGGUGAUGAAGUACUACACCAAAGAAUCCAGAGGUCCAAAGGCUGUUAUCAGCAUUGAGAGCCUGAAUGCAAUGUUCCAGGUGGAGAAAAUAGGACAUGCACACGGGUUGCAGAUCACCUACAGCACAGAUGGCCAAACAAGGAACCUUUUUGUCUAUCAUGAAAGUGCAAAGGAGAUUGUGGACUGGUUCAAUGCUAUUAGGGCAGCUCGUUACCACUACCUCAGAACAACCUUCCCAAAUGUCCCUGAGCCUGAGCUCAUACCCAGGAUCACCAGAAAUUAUGUCAAAGAAGGAUACAUGGAGAAAACAGGACCAAAACAGAAGGAGGCCUUUAAGGUACGCUGGUUCUGCCUGGAUUCUCAAGAAAGGAACCUGAUGUACUUUAAAAAUCCACUGGACGCGUUUGCACUGGGCCAGGUUUUCAUCGGACGGAGGGAUGAGGGCUAUGAAGUCCGAGCUGGUUUGCCCCAGGGAUUCUGGGCAAAGAAGAGGAAACCAGUGAUCACUCUGGUCACACCAGUGAGGGAGUUUGUGUUUAUCUGUGAGAACGACAGGAAGCAGAAGGAGUGGAUAGAUGCCUUAAACGGAGUCAUCACUCAGCUUUGA